GUGAGGGUACCUGUGCGGAGGCGGCCACACACUGCCGCCUGAGCCCGCCCCGCGCAGCGCCGCGCGGAGGCGGCUCUGCCCACCGCGGAAGUGCUGGGCGCCGCCCCGGCAGGCUGCGGCUGCUCCGUGCGCGGCUGCGGCGGAACUUUUCGGGACCAUGGUGCAGCUUUACAACCUGCACCCGUUCGGGUCGCAGCGAGUAGUGCCCUGCAAGCAAGAACCGGCGCACUUCUGCUGUGGUCAAGACGUGCUGUUCGUUGCCAGCACGGCGGCCAGCUGCAGGGUGGAGGUGUUUACCGUGCGCGAACAGGGCCGCUGCGAGGCCCUGGGCUCCUUCGCCACGCUGGGUCAGGUGCUGCGUAUGGCGCACAGCUCGGCAGGAGACUAUCUGGUGACAAUUGAAGAAAAAAGCAAAGCAACUUUCCUAAGAGCAUAUAUGAACUGGAGAUGCAUGUCUGCAGGGAAUUCUCGCGUGUGUGUCCGUAUGGUUGGUCACAAGAUGGAAGAGUCAUACAGUGAAGCCUUAAAAGAACAGAUGUCAGUUGUUGAAAUGCCACUUUCAGAUCCUCCACUGUGCAUUUCAUGUUGUCCUGUGAAUGGAGAUCUACUUGUGGGCUGCAAGAAUAAAUUAGUCAUGUUCUGUUUGAAAUACUGUGUCAUAAACCAGAAUUUGACUGUGUUAGAUUUUGAACGCUCCUUAAUUUUGCACAUUGAUAACCUCAUUCCUGCCGAAGUUGCAUUUUGUGCCAGACAUAUAGCCAUAACAACAGAGCUGGAUGUUCUAAUCCUGAAACUGGAACUGGUCCAGCAAAGUGCAGACAGGACAGAGCAAUAUGCUCAGGGAGUCAGUGCACCAGAAAAGGCUGUGGAUGGAGGUGUGAAAGAUGAAACUCCUUCAACACAUCCUUUACAGCUUGAAUUAGAUGAGUUCAUCAUAUGUCACAAGCCAGUGGAACUGCUUGGGGAAGAAAGUAAGCUAUGUGAGAUACCUGUCACACUGGAAUCUACAGAGUUACCUACAGAAGACACAAAGCACUUCCAAGUGCAGUAUUUGCUUUUCAGACGUUUUGCACCCGACCAGUCGCCUUUUGGGUUUUCUGAAGAGAUGAAGUUGCACUCUGUUCAACUGCUUCCUGUAUACCAGACAGGAAUUUCUGCAACAGCCUAUGAGGAAACUGAGAACAAGAGAAAACUUCUGAGUCUCUUCUGCUUUUUCUCUUUACCUCAUGUUGGAUAUCUCUACUCUCUUGGGAAGUUAGUAGAACUAAUUUCUACUUACCAAUAUUCAGAGAAGUCAGAGCAGGCAGUCCUCACUCCGCAAUUCCUGCACGUCAUUACCAGUCAGAACCUGCAGUGCUUCACAGUGCGAUGCAGUGCAGCAGCAGCUCGUGGUGAGGAUCCAUAUAUUGACACGACCGUGAAGGCUUGUCCACCUGUCACACUGGAUGUCUGUACAUUAAGAAUGCAGCUUUUUAUAGGACCAAGAGCUAUCUGUCAUUUCAAAAACCAUAUAAUUCUUUUGACUAAGGCAGACACAGAAGAUAUUACUGAAAGAAGAAAGCCUACAAGAAGGAUGCUUUCCAGAAAGGCUGACAGCAUCAAAUCCAGAACAACUUCUGAGUCAGAGCCUGGUUGGAAUUUAUAUAUUAUAAACACUGUUUCAACAAUUCAGCUUUACAGAGAAAUGGUAGAAUAUAGUAGAACUUAUGAAAAUGUUAAGACUGAGAGCUGCAUCCAUCUUCUAAGUGAGGCUCACUUACUGGUCAGAGCAGCUAUAAUGGACCCUCAUUUCCUUAAAUCAGAUGAGAAGGAAGAUCUUCUAAGAGCAUUCAGAGAAAGUUGUGCCUUCUUAGGAGACUGCUACAGCAGGUUUGACACAAAGGAUUACCACCUUGCUUUGCCAUACUACAGAAUGUCAGGUUUAUCCAUGACUGAAGUUUUAAAGAGACAAGUUGCAGAAGGUGAUGAAAUACAGACAUAUGAGAAAGGAUUUAUAUUUUACUUAACUCAUUCUCUUAAUGAAGACUCAAAUGAAGAAUUAAGUAAGGAAUCAGGAAAUAAAGUUCUCCAGAUAUUCUAUCUCGCGGACCCUGUGCAGCUGCCUGAUAUUCUUUGCAGUCCCAGCAUGAGGAACGUAUGUCCUUUGACAGCUGUGAAGUAUCUUCAGAAAGUAGAAAAGAUGAUGCCAUCAGUGGUCCUGACACUUACUAAGGCUUUCUUGGCUCUGAAAAUGGGAGACCUGGCAAUGUAUGAACAUGAAAUGCACUCCUAUAAGGAGACAACACUGGCUUGUGGCUUCAUUGGGCAGCCACGGCUCCUGCAGCAGCGUAAGGAAGGAAUUGUUAUGCCAACUGAGUUUGCUGUUCACCUGAAGGAGAUGCAGCCUGGUUUACUGGUGGCUGCCACUGUGGCUUUACAUGAGAACAGUAAAAUUGAACUAGAAGAAGCAGAUACCUUUUUCAAGAUGCUGUGUAAUAGCAGUGAAAACACUGUUCCCCAGCUCCUUGUGGAUUUCUGGGAAGCUCUUCUUGUAGUGUCCUCUCAGGAAGAAAUACUUCAGGAGCUCCUAUUGAGGGUUACUUCUCAGUAUGUUUGGAGAAUAUCAAAGAAGCAACUUCCUCAGACUAAGCCAUUGAAAACAACAGAGGAUCUAAUAAAUUCCUGUAGUCAUUUUGGGUUGAUUGUCCCGUGGGUAGCUUCCAUAAUGUCAGUGGGAUGUUCAUCUGACAAAGAUUACCAUGAAGAUAUCUCAAGACUACAGUCUCUUUUAUGCAGUCAGUCAAUCAAUAUAGCUUCAGCUCUGCCUGUUUUGGAGCCCCUGACAGAGGCUGACAGCAUCGGCCUCACCAUCCGUGUUCUGUGCAAUACCCGUCUGGGCAAGUACGAGGAAGCCAUUGACCAGCUGCUCACAAGGUGUCCUGAUGCAGCUGUGUUCUAUGCUCAGCAUGAGCUGAAAGGUGACAAUCAGGCUCUGUGGUGGAACAAGCUGCUUCCUGAACUUUGCAAGAGAGCUAGACUUACUGGAAAGGACUGCCCUGUUCUUAUUUCUUCACUCAAAGAAACUUUAUCAAUUGUUGCAAUGGAACUGGAGCUAAGGGAUUUCCUCAGUCUUCUACCAGAAGAUGGAACUGCAGCAUUUUUUCUGCCACAUCUUCUUCACUGCAGCCAGAGGAAGCUGCUGACCUAAAACAAUGACCUGUGGACCUGCUGUCCACUCAACUACAAUGUGCUGUAAUAAAAAAGUAAAUGAUACAAGCAGUAGAACUCCUUAUAAGGUACUGCAGGCCUCCCUUCACAUACAUCUUGUGAUGUCAACUGCUAAAGGACAGCUGUUUACUGAGGCAAGGCAUCUGUUUUGAAGCUAAUUCUGGUGCCUAAGCAGCUAGGAAAUACAGAUUCUACAGUACAGCUGAACAUACAGUGUUCACUGAAAGUAAAGUAGAAAGUCAGUCUUCAAUCUUUGUUAGCUAGAUCACUGACUUAGGGGGGAAUUCAGGCUCAGGCAUGUGUCAACUGUACGAGUAAAAGUGAGUACCUUACUCUUCCAAGUGGAAUUGGGCCCAACUGACUUGAUAUGGCAACACAGACAUUUCCUUGAAUUUCUUCUAGGGUUUUUGGUAAGCAUCUCAGGUGCUUGUGCACGUGUGUACUGAUGUUUGUCUGUCUUGCGAGCAGAAAGCAUCUUUCUGCUCCUUCAGAGCUGGAAUUCAGUCAUAAUAAGCAGUCACAAUGUUUAUAACGUCCUUAUGAAUGUAGUUUGUGGUUUUUGACAAUUACCAAAAAUACAAUGACUCCCAUGAUCCCAUAACCAUCUAAACCAUCUAAAGGCCUAAUUAGCUGACAGUGACGCUAUAAAAAUGUUUUCACUGGAGUUGCAAUGUUAUUUGAACCUAUAGAAGUCAGUCAGAAGAGACCAUCUAUAUUUCAGCUAAAAUACAUUAACAAAAAAAAAAAAAUCAAAA